ACAUUGGACGUCAUGAUGGCGAAUUAUGCAAUGUCAAGAGGUGAAGGAAACUUUGAAGACGCUAAUGAAUUCAAGCCAGAACGAUGGCUUAGAGGAAACGAUGAAAGGAAAAUGAAUAAAUUUGCCUCACUACCAUUUGGUUACGGAACCCGUAUGUGUGUUAGAAAGCGGCUUGCAGAAAUGGAAAUCAAAAUAUCACUUUCAAAGAUUUGCUUGAAGUUUUUUUGGAGCCAACAAAUGAUGAAGAGCUUGUCGGAAAGUUAAGAGGCAUAUUGAUUCCAGAAAAAACAUUCCAGUCAAGUUUGUGCAUAGAAAUGUUAUGGAUGAAUAACCUAUUAGUGGCAUAUAAACUGAAUAAGUAAUAGAGUACUGUACAUAACAUGAAUAUUUUAUUACCUGUAUUUUUAUAUAGAUUUUAAUGACAGGGUUGGCAAAAGCAUGGUUUCUCAUUGAACUGCAAUAUCUCAACUACCUCUUG